CUUAAAGCAAAAGCGAGGACCGUUAGUCAAAUGGCAGUGGGACCACUAACGGCGUAAUACCCGCCAAAAGUUGGCCCCAAGUAUAAAUGACACUCUCUCCUCUUCUCCAACCUUCUUUUACCGUUCACGCGCUCCGCCGUGUCCACCGCUCACCUCCACCACCGACGCCGCCGUGUGUCUCUUCCCAAUGAGAGGUGCCUUCUUCUUCCCGUUUCCCACAACCACCACUACAGUCACUCAAACUUUCCACAAUGACCACCCUACCCCCCGUUCCGAACACAAUACCUUCCAAAUUCCCGUCCAGUCCCCGUCCGAUGAUCAACAACCCGCCGCUGCAGCCGCCGUUAAGAUACAGUCGGCUUACCGCUCUCACGUGGUCCGCAAGCUCGUCAAGAAGAUCUCGGCCGUCAAUCGCGAAGCUAACUAUCUCCAACGCCUCAUCCAACUCCAGGAGACGGUUGAUGCUGUGAGAAGCAACGAGCGGGAGAGGAUCAGAAUCAACGAAGCAUUGAUGGGAUUACUGUUCAGAUUAGACUCUGUUCCCGGUGUUGAUCCAACGGUCAGGGACUUGAGGCGACAUGUUAGCCGGAGGAUCGUAGGGUUGCAGGAGAUACUGGAUGCGGUUUCGGAUGCCAAAAUCGAAAGUUGGGACGGUUUCUUGAGGGACUGGGAUGAUGUUCUCGAGAAAAUCGAGAGCGAAGUUUGCAAGGAAAGAGGGAAUGGAGAUCUGGAGAGGUUUUGUGCUGAGCAUUUGGGAUUUCGAUGCCUUCAACAGUUUCUUCGUGAUAACUGAUAAGUUUAAUGGUGUUCUAUCUCUCUAUAUAAUAUAUAUAUAUAUAUGCACACUUCUUAUAGAUCCACUACCAGAACUAAACUGCCUUAGCUUGCUUUCUGUAUAUAUUACAAUACAAAAAAAAUAGAAUUGUGAGUAGAUAUGCCUUAUGGCCUGGAUAUCAUUUUGCUUUUAUUAUUCGACUCUAAGUUGUCUGGCAUAGUGACAUAUAUACCUUAAUUUUGUCAAUUCCCCAGUUGGAAUACUUUGUUUAAUUUUUGCAAUGUUCUGUAAGGCUGUGAGCCUUCUGAUUUGAGAGAAUUAA